UAACACCAUCCACCGACCCACAGAAGUUCAGGAAAAACCACGUGGAGCUCGAAGCUCAUGGCAGCUGCGCACAUUACGCGGCGCGCUCGUGCACGGGUUUAUCGCGCGUGUCAAUCAGUUAUAUGUUUGGGUUAAAUAUCGACAAUGUUUGCAUUGUCCACAGAGCCCGUUUGAUGCGAUCCCGUGGCCGUUGCCGUCCGCAAGGUGAGUAGUAGGUGAGAGGUGAGUCCGAUUUAACGUCGUGGGGGCGUGCCGUGACGUCAAGACGAAUACGAUUGGCGUGCGUACCGGAGGUCUGGCCGUCCGAAAUUACAGCACAGACCAGACUUGACAAACCAGAACCUCAGAGUUUCGCAGGAGACGGUCUUGAGACGCACUGAAUUACGGUGACGCUGUUAACCUUGAGUGACCUUACGCGUGCUGUACGUAAACAUUUGCUCGGUGCAAGCCGUUACGUCAGAUUUAACACCGGUUAUCUGCGUCAGGAGAGCUGAAGGGGGACCGUCGUGUGACGUUGUCCGGCGUGCGCGUCAUCGUGACAUUCGCGUCGACCGAUCCGUAGACCUCGCGUGGACCGACGGACGCAUCUAUCGUGCCGCAGGGGUUCACCAGAAACCUCACACAUGAUGUACACAAUAACCAGAGGUCCCAGCAAACUUGUUACACAACGCAGAACAGGUCCCACGCAACAGAUUGAAAGUAAAGCAAACGACCUGAAACCGAAGCAAAGUCACUGGUUUGCAUCGGAUUCCCCCGCACCCAAGAUUGUAUUUCAUCGACUGAACGGAAAGCGCUACCACAGAUCAACCUCUCCAAAAUCUGACAGCCCAACUGAAGGAUUCACCCCGGCCCACGAGGAGAACGUUCGAUUUGUUUACCAGGCCUGGCAAGAGGUGGAACAGAAACUCGGAGACGGAUCCCAGCCGGAGACCGGGAAAGGUCCAGUGCAGUACGCAGAGAGAAUCCCUAAUCCCGGCAUGAAGAAUUUUGUGCCUAUUGACCUUGAGGAGUGGUGGGCGCAGCGUUUCCUGGCCAACAUUGCCAACCUGUCAUGACAGGUGCAUGAUGGGACAUGAGAUGUCUUGACUAAAGCAGGGUGAGGGAGGGCAGAUGCAGUCUGACUGUCUUGAUGAUCUGAUUUAAGAGAUGUACACUGCACAAGUUCUGCCUCUCCAUUUGAACUCUGGACCCCGACUCUCUCAUUCCCUCACGCACACAGAAGACGAUCAGAGAUUUUACUUCUGCUUUUCUUUCUAUCUUGUGCGCUAAGAUGAGAUGUCUGUUUUUCCUGACAGAUCUUUGCAAAAAAAGUGAUGUUAUAAAACGAACAAAAAAAAUACAGAAUUGUUUUUGAA